AUCAUACUCAAUUUGCUAAAAAAUCUGGACACGAACCGCAGCGUCUUCUUGACUCUUGAGCGGCUCCAUCUCCAUCGUUUUUACCUCGCAGGACACGCAUCUGCACACGAUUAGGCGAAUCCAAUCGCAAGCCCGCAGCUCCACGACUCCGCCGGAGCCUUUUCUUCCAUCGCAAUCUCUCUCGAGCCGAAGGAGGUUUUCCGUUCCGGUUCGCGGCCAGCAGGGAGCGGAGAGAGUUCCCGUCGAUCGGCGUCUUGUGAUCGCGAGGGGCCGGAGGCGAAAUGGCGGUGGGGAGGGAGGAGGUGGAGAUAGUGAAGCCGAGGUCGGACAAGAGGGAGUACCGGAGGGUCGUCCUCAGGAACGCUCUCGAGGUCCUCCUCAUCAGCGACCCCGACACCGAUAAGUGUGCUGCUUCUAUGGAUGUCAGCGUCGGCUCCUUCAGCGAUCCCGAUGGCCUCGAAGGCCUUGCCCAUUUUCUCGAGCACAUGCUGUUUUAUGCCAGCGAAAAGUAUCCUGAGGAGGAUAGUUAUUCCAAGUUCAUCACAGAGCAUGGGGGUAGUACAAAUGCUUUUACGGCAUCCGAACACACAAACUUCUAUUUCGAUGUUAAUGUUGAUAGCUUUGAAGAGGCAUUGGACAGGUUUGCACAGUUUUUCGUUAAACCCUUGAUGUCUGCUGACGCCACAACGAGGGAAAUUAAAGCUGUUGAUUCUGAGAAUCAGAAGAAUUUAUUGUCUGAUGGUUGGCGCAUGAACCAGCUUCAGAAACAUAUGAGCGAGAAAAGUCAUCCAUAUCAUAAGUUUAGCACAGGAAAUUGGGAUACCUUGGAGGUUCGACCGAGACAAAAGGGACUGGAUACCAGAAAUGAGCUAAUCAAAUUUUACAAAGAGAACUAUUCAUCUAAUCUAAUGCAUCUGGUCGUAUAUUCAAAAGAAAAUCUUGAUAAAAUUCAAUGUCUGGUAGAGGAGAAGUUCCAAGAAAUUCAAAAUGCUGUUAAAAGCUGUUCUCGUUUUCCUGGACAACCUUGCAGCUCAGAGCAUCUACAGAUUCUUGUGAAAACUGUCCCAAUCAAGCAAGGUCACAAAUUGAGGGUUAUCUGGCCAGUAACUCCGGAGAUUCAUCACUAUAAGGAAGGGCCUUGCAGGUAUCUCGGUCAUCUUAUUGGCCAUGAAGGAGAAGGGUCUCUGUUUUACGUCUUGAAGAUAUUGGGAUGGGCUACGGGUUUGUCUGCAGGUGAAGGAGAGUGGAGUAGGGAAUUUUCAUUUUUUAAAGUGGCAAUCGAUCUUACUGAUGCUGGUCAUGAACAUGUGCAAGAUAUUAUUGGUUUGCUGUUCAAGUAUAUUUCUCUCUUACAACAAUCCGGUGUUUGCAAGUGGAUAUUUGACGAGCUCUCAGCCUUGUGCGAGACUAAGUUUCAUUAUCAAGACAAAAUCUCUCCCAUUGAUUAUGUGGUCAAUGUUGCAUCCAAUAUGGAGAUAUAUCCACCUGAAGAUUGGAUUGUGGGGUCAUCUUUGCCUUGUAAAUUCAGUCCUGGCACUAUUCAAAUGGUGCUGGAUAAGCUCUCUCCAGACAAUGUCCGAAUCUUUUGGGAGUCCAAGAGCUUUGAAGAAUCAACAGACAUGGUGGAACCAUGGUAUGGAACAGCAUAUUCCAUGAGCAGAAUCUCCGUCUCUACUAUACAGGGAUGGAUGUCGUCUUCUCCUGAUGAAAAUUUGCAUCUGCCAGUACCCAAUGUAUUCGUCCCUACGGACUUAUCUCUAAAAACUUCAGAAGAAAAGAUGAAAUUGCCAAUUCUUUUGAGGAAGUCAUCAUACUCGUCAUUGUGGUUCAAGCCUGAUACUGUAUUCUCCACUCCCAAGGCAUAUGUUAGAAUAGAUUUCAGCUGCCCCUAUGGUAGCAACUCAUCUGAAGCUGAAGUGCUGACUGAUAUAUUUACGCGGUUGUUGAUGGAUUACCUGAAUGAAUUCGCUUAUUAUGCACAGGUUGCUGGCCUUUAUUACGGUGUGCAUCAUACCAACACAGGUUUUCAGGUCACUGUGAUUGGUUAUAAUCACAAACUGAGGAUAUUGCUGGAAAAAGUCAUCGAGAAAAUAGCAACCUUUGAAGUAAGACCUGAGAGAUUUGCUGUGAUCAAGGAAGUGGUGACGAAAGAUUAUCAGAAUUUGAAGUUUCAGCAACCUUAUCAACAGGCUAUGUACUAUUGCUCACUAAUACUGCAAGAUAAUACUCGGCCCUGGACAGAACAACUUGAAGUUCUUCCUUCCAUUAAGGGUGAAGAUCUCACCAACUUUUUGCCCCUGAUGUUAUCGAGGACCUUCCUGGAAUUUUACAUAGCCGGGAAUAUUGAGCGUGUUGAAGCAGAGUCUAUGGUUCAGCAUGUUGAAAAUAUUCUUUUCCAUGGUCCACAGCCAAUAUGUCGACAAUUAUAUCCAUCCCAGCAUCUGACAAAUAGAGUAGUUAAACUUGGAACUGGAUUGAGUCACUUCUACUCUGCAGAAGGCCUAAAUCCAAGUGACGAGAAUUCCUGUCUGGUGCACUAUAUUCAGGUUCACCGGGAUGAUAUCGUGAUGAAUGUAAAACUUCAGCUUUUUGCUCUAAUUGCCAAGCAACCGGCAUUCCACCAGCUUAGAUCGGUGGAGCAGCUUGGGUACAUAACUGUGCUUAUGCAGAGGAAUGAUUACGGAAUUCGUGGACUACAAUUCAUUAUCCAAUCCACAGUGAAGGGGCCGGGGCAUAUUGAUUUGAGAGUCGAGGAAUUCCUAAAAAUGUUCGAAAGCAAACUAUCUCAGAUGACAAAUGAAGAAUUCAAGAGCAAUGUGAAUGCGUUGAUCGAUAUGAAGCUUGAGAAGCACAAGAAUCUGAGGGAAGAAUGUGCAUUCUACUGGAAAGAAAUCUCCGACGGCACUCUGAAAUUUGAUAGGAGAGAAACUGAGGUAGAAGCUCUGAGACAGCUAAAACAGCAAGAGUUGCUGGAUUUCUUCAAUGAAUAUAUAAAAGUUGGCGCAGCUAGAAAGAAGACGCUGUCCGUUCGUGUUUAUGGGAGCCUGCACACAUCUGAGUACAUGAGCAACAAAAACCAACAGGCUCAACCAUCCUCGAUUCAAAUUGAGGAUAUCUUUAGCUUUCGAAGAUCUCAACCUCUUUAUGGCUCAUUUAAAGGGGCUUAUGGUCGAGUGAAGUUGUAA